CACAUGAUGAGCGAGCAGCGACUCGCAUAGCAGACGGGCGGAAAUCUCCCAUUUCCCAGUAGGGACGGUACUGGUGUUGGUGGGAGCGCGGCCGGGCGGCGAGUUACCCCUUGACCAGCGACCCGCGGGGUGACAAGCAGCUCGUCCCGGGGCUCACGCCGUUACUAACCUGCUGCCUCUAACCUCUACUCACAGUUGGACUGGAGAAUCUCUUACACGUUAGAUCUCCGCGAGCAGGUUGCAUUGGUGCAUCAUGCAGCCCGGUGUGUUGUUGUUGUUGAUGUCCUACAUGGGAGUUCCCCUCCUCGCACACAAACUGAAUCACGAGAAGGCCAUCGUAGCCUUGAACUCCCUUCUCCUCAGAUCCACAAGGACAUUCCCACCCAACCCCAGUGUCCACAUUGCCUUGCGACUGUCAGAGAAACACAACCUCCACGAGGAGCAGAAUUACCUUCACCGGCUGAAGACUGACCUCCGGAGAAUCCUGUCCAGGGCAGAGCAGGGCACUCGGCCCUUCACCGGCCUUGUGGCCUUGCAUCUACUGGCACUGCGUGCCUCCUGCCAGGACCUGCAGGAAAAGCGUCAAGCACUGCUCUAUCUGAAGAAGAAGCUCAGUGCUGAGAGGAACCAUACCAUAUAUCAUCAGGUGCCUUUGACCAACUACUACCAGUACAGUCUGGGCGUGCUGGCCCUCUGUGUGAAUGACAUACGGAUAGAUCACAGUGUCCUGUCUGGCUUGGUGCCACAUGACCACCACCACCACCACCACCACUCAGCAGACACCUCAGCGAUGGUGGUGUUGGCACUCAAGUGCGUGCAAGAGUCUACAGUCCCCGGCCGUGAUGUAUGGAUGUACAGCACUGAGAGAAGGCUGAAGGCCCAGCAGGCCGUCAACAAGCUGAUGGAGAAGAUACAGAGAUGGUGGAAAAGCAACGGGGAAGUGGGCAACAUUUACAGCACCCCCCUGGUUCUGCAGGCUCUCUUGGCCACGGGAGACACGGAAAGAUGGUUAAAAGGAAAGAUAAAUCUAUUGAAUAAGUCCAAGCAAGGAGCCUUUCAAAACCCAAUGGCAUUAUCCCAACUAUUGCCUGUUCUGUACCGGAAAACCUACCUGGAUAUUGGCCAAAUGGACUGCCGCAGUAAGUCUGAUGAGCUGAGGUGGGUGGACCUGGAACCGCAGGAGCCUGAGACGAGGUCGCAGUCGGGGUUUGUUUACAUCAGCGUGAAGGGGAAGAAUUUGGUGACGACUUACACGACCAGAGUGCCGCUGCUCAAUCAGAUGUCGCUCCUCGAUGUACUGCAAGCAGCCAGCAGAAAUGAUACAAACUUCACCUUUGAGACUGAGCAGACUCUGUGGGGACCUUUCCUGACCUCAGUCAACCACGUCCCGGGACAAGACGACACGAAUACUUACUGGCGUCUGAUUUCGGGAGCACACACUCCACUUAUUGAAGGGAUCCAGGACUACUUCCCCAAGCCUGGAGAACACAUCCUCCUGCAGCUCAGCAGCUUCUAGCAAGCAACCACCCUGUCGGGUCUUUCUCUCCCCCCCACUACACACGUGUUCCUUUGUUCUCUUCGGUCGGUGAUUAAAUAGUUAAUUGAAAGCCCCAAAUUACAGGCAAAAUAAUAAAGGAGUUUUAAAGCCAACAA